CUCCACCCACUUUGCCCUGUUUUUUUCUUUGCAACAUUGACCGACUGCUAGACCCUGUUCUGUUCUAAUUUUGCACGGUGUCGGUUUGGCGAAAAGUAGUCAAACAUGGCUUACACGCUUUCAACUGGUACCAAAAAGAAGGUCUGCUACUAUUAUGACGGUGAUAUUGGAAACUACUAUUAUGGCCAAGGUCACCCUAUGAAACCCCAUAGGAUCCGCAUGACUCACAACCUGCUGUUAAACUAUGGACUGUACAGAAAAAUGGAGAUAUAUAGGCCACAUAAGGCCACUGCAGAAGAAAUGACAAAGUACCACAGUGAUGACUACAUAAAAUUCCUGCGGUCUAUUCGUCCAGACAACAUGUCAGAGUUCAGCAAGCAGAUGCAACGCUUCAAUGUUGGGGAGGACUGCCCAGUGUUCGAUGGGUUGUUUGAGUUCUGCCAGCUCUCCACAGGUGGCUCAGCCGCUGGAGCUGUGAAGUUGAACAGACAGCAGACGGACAUCGCUGUGAACUGGGCAGGUGGUCUCCACCAUGCCAAGAAGUCGGAGGCCUCGGGGUUCUGUUACGUUAAUGACAUUGUCCUCGCCAUUCUUGAGUUGCUGAAGUAUCAUCAAAGAGUGCUCUACAUUGACAUCGACAUCCAUCAUGGUGAUGGGGUGGAGGAGGCCUUCUACACCACUGACCGAGUCAUGACUGUGUCCUUCCAUAAGUACGGAGAGUAUUUCCCCGGGACAGGAGACCUCAGGGAUAUUGGCGCUGGAAAGGGCAAAUACUAUGCGGUCAACUUCCCCCUGAGAGACGGUAUUGAUGAUGAAUCUUACGAGCAGAUAUUCAAACCAGUGAUGGCCAAGGUGAUGGAGAUGUACCAGCCCAGUGCGGUGGUUCUGCAGUGCGGUGCAGACUCUCUGUCAGGAGACAGGCUGGGCUGCUUCAACCUCACCAUCCGUGGCCAUGCCAAGUGUGUGGAGUACAUGAAGUCCUUCAACCUGCCACUGCUCAUGCUGGGUGGAGGCGGUUACACCAUCCGCAACGUGGCCCGCUGCUGGACCUACGAGACGGCUGUCGCCCUGGACACGGACAUCCCUGACGAGCUUCCAUACAAUGACUACUUUGAGUACUUUGGCCCAGACUUCAAGCUGCACAUCAGUCCAUCCAACAUGACCAACCAGAACACUAAUGAGUACAUGGACAAAAUCAAGCAGCGUCUGUUUGAGAACCUGCGCAUGCUGCCCCACGCUCCAGGCGUGCAGAUGCAGGCCAUCCCAGAGGAUAGCAUCCCCGACGACAACGUGGACGAGGACACCGAGGACCCAGACAAGCGCUUGUCCAUCCGUGCGUCUGAUAAGAGGAUAGCGUGUGAUGAGGAGUUCUCCGACUCUGAGGACGAGGGAGAGGGCGGCCGGAGGAACGUGGCCAAUCACAAGAAAGGAGCCAAGCGAGCCCGUGUGGAGGAGGACAAAAAAGAGGGAGAGGAGAAGAAAGUUGAAGUGAAGGAGGAGGAGAAGGCCAAGGAGACUAGCACAGAGAAGCCGGACACAAAAAGCGUGAAGAGCGAACAGACCAGCAGUGCCUGAAAUGGCCACAAGGGGGAAGACUGCUCCACACUGGCAGGCUUGAUGGCAGUGGUGCCUCUCGCUUCACAUACCAGACUCGAUGCCCACAAGCAUUAUAUUUAUUAUUAAAAUGUGUCAUCGAUACAUGUUUGGUUUUGUUCCAUGUUUCUCUUUCUUUUCCUUUCUUUCUCUCUUUGGUUGUAAUUCCAUUGUCCUUUGUUAAUUGUGACAGUCCUUUUUAAUCCAUCUUGCCGCUUACAGCGUGAAUUUGCUGUCUAUCCCUUUGGAAGCUAAAUGUUUUUAAAUAGGCUUUUUAUUUUUUGGAAAUGAACUGUCUGUUUGUAUUGACGUGUCCUAGAGAGAAUAAUGUGGUUGUUAGAAAUGAAACCUGCAUCGACUUCAUGUUUGUCUCAAAUUUGAUAUUUUGCAUUUAUGUAUUAAAAUGUUUUUUAUA